AUGGACAGCAGGCUCAACAGCAAACCAGAGAUUCGGUCUGCAACUCCACCAAUGGAAGACAACAAUAGCAUGGAAGAUAGUAGCCAUAAUGAUGAAGCUGCCAUUUCUUCUGCUCUGGAAACAGCUGGAAAUGGAGAUUCCUCACAACCACCAAUGAUUAGUUCCAAGUUACUGAGAAUGCUGGAAGCAGCUACCGACCGGCGACCUGUGCUCGUAAAAAUGCAGAACAGCGAGGAAGUGUUCGAUGAAAAUGAUGGAGUCGUCAGUGAAGCACCAAGAACAAAAAGACAAAUCCAGUAUCCUGAGCAGACACGAGAAUUCGACAGUCGAUUAACAAAGACGGGACGCCGCUCCCUGUCCCACUCCAUUUCUCAUUCCUCUACAGACAGCAACAGCUCAGGGGGUUCAGAUGCAGAAAAUCCAGAAGAUGAGGUCUCUCCUCGAGACAUGCAGCAGAUUAACUCUAAAGGGAGCAGGGACUUCUGCAUCAAAAACAUCAAACUGACAGACUUUGGCCGUCGAGAGAUAGAACUUGCAGAGGAUGAGAUGACUGCACUAAUGGCCUUGAGAAAAGCUACCCAGGUUGAGAAACCAUUGGCAGGGGCUAAAAUAGUGGGAUGCACCCAUGUCACGGCCCAGACAGCUGUAAGUGUCAUCCCUUCACGGCAUUUUAAAUGUAUACUGUAUAUCCUCGAUGAUGGAGGGGAUAUGACACAUUGGAUAUACAAGAAAUAUCCUCACCUCUUCAAGAAAGUGAAGGGUAUUGUUGAAGAAAGUAUCACAGGCAUUCACAGACUUCAUCACCUCUCUAAAGCUGGAAAACUAUGUGUACCAGCCAUAAAUGUGAAUGACUCGGUCACUAAGCAAAAGUUUGACAAUCUCUACUGCUGCAGGGAGUCCAUUCUGGAUAGUCUGAAAAAGACGGCUGAUAUCAUGUUUGGGGGAAAGCAGGUGGUCGUAUGUGGAUACGGAGAGGUGGGAAAAGGUUGUUCUGCAGCUCUGAAAGCAAUGGGGUCUGUUGUGUAUGUAACCGAAAUCGACCCCAUCUGUGCUCUACAAGCAUGCAUGGAUGGCUUUCGAUUGGCCAAACUAGGUGAUGUUGUCAGACAAGUGGACAUGGUCAUCACCUGCACAGGUAACAAAAACAUUGUAGUGAGGGAACACAUGGACCUAAUGAAGAAUGGCUGCGUUGUCUGCAACAUGGGACGCUCUAAUACAGAAAUCGAUGUUAGCAGUCUAAGAACCCCAGAGUUAGUAUGGCAGCAUGUGAGAGCGCAAGUGGAACACAUUAUUUGGCCUGAUGGCAAGAGAAUACUACUCCUUGCAGAGGGCCGUGUCCUUAAUCUAAGCUCCUCCACUGUACCCACAUACGUGCUUUCCAUCACAGCCACCGCACAGGCUUUGGCAUUGAUCGAGCUCUUCAAUGCCCCUGAGGGCCGUUACAAGCAAGAUGUCUAUCUCCUUCCAAAGAAACUGGAUGAGUAUGUUGCAAGCCUGCACCUGCAGACCUUUGACGCACACCUGACUGAGCUCACCGAUGAACAAGCCAAAUACAUGGGCUUGAGUAAAUACGGCCCCUUCAAACCCAGUUUCUACAGGUGA